GCAAAGACGCAUGGGAAGUUGCGGUCGUUGACUGAUCUUUUCAAUAACUAAUCAUGGCAAGGAAAAUUAAACCUGAUAACUCAUGGAUCUUCAAUUUGGAUUCUAAACCAAAACCAGAGAAAACGCAUAAUUUUGACCUCUGUCGUCUUCGAGCAUACUCAUCUCAAACUGAUCCAGAGGAUAGUUCAGCAGUGAUGAACGAAGAAACGUUACUAGUUGUAUUCGGAGCUUCGGGAGACCUUGCCAAGAAAAAGAUUUACCCCACCUUAUGGUAUCUGUACAAAGAUGAUCUCAUUCCAAAAAACACUAAAAUAAUUGGGUAUGCUCGUUCAGAUCUGACUGUUGACAAAUUACGAGCCAAAAUUGAGCCUUUCAUGAAGCUUAAAGAUGGAGAGAAUGAAAAAUUGUCAGAAUUCUACAAGAGAUGCUACUAUGUGAAAGGUCCUUACAAUGAGGCUUCAGGUUUUAAAAGUCUGAAUGCAGAGCUUGAGAAACUUGGAGAAGGGAAGGAUGUUGUCAACAGGCUGUUUUAUCUUGCACUUCCUCCUUCUGUUUUCAUGGACACAUCAGAGAACAUCAAGAAGUACUGCAUGGGCUCAAAGGGUUGGAAUCGGGUGGUGAUAGAAAAACCCUUUGGCAAGGAUUCUGACAGCUCUGCUGAGUUGUCCAAUCAUCUAGCGUCACUGUUUCCUGAGGACUCCAUGUAUCGUAUAGAUCAUUAUCUUGGAAAAGAAAUGGUACAGAACCUGAUGGUGCUGCGAUUUGGUAACCGAAUUUUUGGUCCAGUGUGGUGUAGAGAGAGUGUCAAAAGUGUCAUCAUUACAUUCAAAGAACCCAUUGGAACUUAUGGGCGAGGAGGCUACUUUGAUGAAUAUGGAAUCAUAAGAGAUGUGAUGCAGAAUCAUCUCUUACAGGUUCUUUGUUUGGUUGCCAUGGAAAAACCAGCCAGUAAACGAGCGGAAGAUCUUCGAAAUGAGAAGGUUAAAGUUCUGAAGUCCAUAAGCCCAAUUGAAUUAGAAAACACUGUGCUUGGUCAGUAUAUUGGAAAUCCUGAUGCAGAAGGUGAUGGAAAAUUUGGUUAUCUUGAUGAUCCAACUGUACCAAAAGGAUCCAUCACACCAACCUUUGCAACCUCUGUCAUGUACAUACGCAACGAAAAAUGGGAUGGUGUUCCAUUUAUUCUCAAAUGUGGCAAAGCUCUGAAUGAGCGUAAGGCAGAGGUCCGCAUUCAGUUCAUUGACACACCUGGAGAUAUCUUUGAAGGAGGAUGCAAGAGGAAUGAGUUAGUGGUCAGACUUCAGCCAAAUGAGGCUGUUUAUGUCAAGUUGAUGAUUAAGGAAGCAGGAAUGUCCUUUGAACCAAAAGAAUCAGAGUUGGACUUAACAUAUUCUGACAGAUACACAAAUGUGAAGAUGCCUGAUGCCUAUGAGAGACUUAUUCUUGAUGUGUUUUCUGGAAAUCAAGCUCAUUUUGUCAGAAGUGAUGAGCUUGCCGAGGCCUGGAGAAUUUUUACCCCUAUUCUCCAUCAGAUUGAAAAGGAGAAUGUAAAACCAAUUCCUUAUCAGUUUGGAAGCCGAGGACCAUUAGAAUCUGAUACUCUUAUCAAAGACAGUGGAUUUCUUUACAGUGGAACAUAUAAGUGGGAAAAGAAAGCUAAAAAGUAGAUCAUUACUUUAAAACUCAGGUUAACUCUUUUCAGUUGAUAAUCAACAUGAAAGUUGCAGUUGUUUCUCCUGUUGCUGAUCAAUUAGCGGAAUUUGAAAAUGACAGUUUGUCACAACUUUUAUAUUAACUCACUCAUUGCGUAACUUAACCUAAAUUUCUUAUUACAAUCCUUUUCUUGCCACUUUCACUUAAAUGAUUUGUUUCAUACUUCAGUUGUCUCCAGCUUUUGAGAGGUGGUCACUAUUUAGCUAGUAUUAGUUUCAGUUGUGUCUCUUUUUAUUUGUGUUUUUAUGACACUUUUUUUCUCUGAGAAAUAUGAAGUAGAAGUAGUCUACCCUUUGUUGCCUUACAACAUAUCAAGUCAUCCAUCUGCAAGAUGAAUAUUUCCACAUUUUCAGGGAAUUAUAUGUGGUCAGUUGUGCUUUUUUUUUUCACCCCGUUUGAACUGAUGCACAGGUGAAACAAACUAGGACUGUUAUUUGGGCAGUUUCCCAGCAUGUAGGGUUCUGUUGGACCAUAGGUUUUUUUUUAAUCAAAAUGCGUAUAUGUGGUACAGCUGAAAGUCAUACCAAAACACUAAUGUCAAAAUAUUUGGCUUUGUUUUUUUCAAGAGUCCAAGGGUAAUUGCAUAGAUCUCUAUUUAAAUGUUCAAAGGUGAAUCACUUUACAUACUUUUCCCCUUAAGUAUGAACAUAGUUUGACUUGCCCUGCAAUAAGCAGACAUGAUACAUACUGGUACAUGUUUUACAAGGUUAACUGUAAGAUAUAAAAAUGUACUAUUUCAACAACAGGCGACUUUCUAGGUAGAGUUUUCCCUUGUAUUUGGUUUGAAUUAAUUUUAGAUAUCAUAAGAAUUAAUAAUGUUGCAGCCAUCAAGAGUCCUGCUCAAAGCAUUCAUUUUAGUUACAAAAGCUGCUUCAUAAGGUCAAAACCUAGCACAUUUGUAAUGCUAGCUAUUAUUCAAAGACUUAGUGUGGUAACUUAGGCUUAAGUAAAUAAUGUUUGAUUCCCUUCUCAAGAGAGAGAAGA